CAAAAAAUUUAAAAGCGUUGAAGAAGAAACACGAAUAGUACCAUUACCUACUACAAUCUCACAGAGAUUCAGAUCAUAAUAAUUACAAUUAUUAUUGAACUCCAUCAUGCUCAUUAUUAUUCUAUUCUAUUAUUCAUUUAUUUAAUUCACAUCACAUCUCAUAUUUUACAAAACCCCCAAAUUUUGACUUAACAACACACCAAGCUUAUGCAUGGAGAUGUAGAUCAAAAUCAAACCCAAAAACCAAAAUUCCAAUAUUUGGAGCCAUACCCAUUUCACAUCUGAGCUUGAAAUCGAGCUACAAUGGAAAAAGUUUGGAUUUUGAUGAUGUUAACGAUGAUGGGCAUUGCCAAUAUCGAAGGUGCUAAGAAGGUUUCAUGGAGGGUACACACACUGUUCUCUGUUGAAUGUCAGAAUUACUUUGAUUGGCAAACGGUUGGUUUGAUGAAUAGUUAUAGGAAAUCUAAACAACCUGGACCUAUCACACGUUUACUUAGUUGUACUGAUGAAGAGAAGAAGAAUUAUAAAGGGAUGCAUUUGGCACCUACUUUUCUAGUUCCUUCUAUGAGUAGACACCCUAGAACUGGUGACUGGUACCCUGCAAUAAACAAACCUGCUGGGGUAUUACACUGGCUCAAACAUAGUAAGGAAGCAAAAAAUGUUGAUUGGGUUGUCGUUCUCGAUGCAGACAUGAUUAUCCGCGGCCCAAUUUUACCUUGGGAACUUGGUGCAGAGAAAGGAAGACCAGUUGCAGCAUAUUAUGGGUACUUAAGAGGUUGUGACAAUAUUUUGGCUAAGCUGCACACAAAAAACCCUGAUCUGUGUGACAAAGUCGGCGGUCUUUUGGCCUUUCAUAUAGAUGACCUACGACGAUUCGCCCCUUUGUGGCUUUCCAAAACAGAAGAAGUACGCGAAGAUAGGGAACACUGGUCAACAAACAUAACUGGAGAUAUAUAUGGGGAAGGAUGGAUUAGUGAGAUGUAUGGAUACUCUUUUGGUGCGGCAGAAAUUGGACUUCGGCACAAGAUCAAUGAUAACUUGAUGAUCUAUCCAGGUUAUGUUCCUCGAGAGGGAAUCGAACCGAUUCUUCUUCACUAUGGCUUGCCAUUUAGUGUAGCGAAUUGGUCAUUUAGUAAGGCUGAUCAUGAUGAGGAUGACAUCGUUUAUAACUGUGGCCGGCUCUUUCCUCAACCGCCUUACCCCAGGGAGGUAUUACAAUUGGAACUUGACCAUAAUCGAAGGCGAGGACUAUUCAUAAGCAUAGAGUGCAUAAACAUUAUAAAUGAAGGUCUUCUAUUACAGCACGGGGCAAACGGAUGUCCUAAGCCAGCAUGGUCAAAAUACUUGAGCUUUUUAAAAAGCAAAUCUUUUGCUGAACUAACUAAACCAAAAUAUGUAAAUGCUGCUACUUUAAAAAUGAUGGAGAAAGAAGCCACAGAAGCAAAUAUUGAUCAUUAUGAUGCUGGAAAGCCACAUCCGAAAAUCCAUACGGUUUUUUCCACAGAAUGCACCACAUACUUCGAUUGGCAAACGGUAGGACUUAUGCACAGUUUUCGUUUGAGCGGACAGCCUGGAAACAUAACCAGAUUACUCAGCUGCUCUGACGAGGAUUUAAGGAAGUAUAAAGGACAUGAUCUGGCUCCUACGCAUUAUGUCCCUUCUAUGAGUCGACAUCCAUUAACAGGAGAUUGGUAUCCAGCAAUUAAUAAACCAGCUGCAGUCCUUCAUUGGCUUAAUCAUGCAAAUAUUGAUGCCGAAUACAUAGUGAUUCUUGAUGCCGAUAUGAUCAUGAGAGGCCCAAUAACACCGUGGGAAUUCAAAGCUUCUCGCGGCCAUCCCGUUUCAACUCCUUACGACUACCUUAUUGGCUGUGACAAUGAACUUGCGAAAUUACAUACUAGCCAUCCUGAAGCUUGUGACAAAGUUGGUGGUGUGAUCAUUAUGCAUAUAGAUGAUCUCCGGAAAUUUGCCAUGCUAUGGCUGCAUAAAACUGAGGAGGUUCGAGCUGAUAGAGCUCAUUAUGCGAGAAAUAUAACCGGAGAUAUAUAUGAAUCAGGGUGGAUCAGUGAGAUGUAUGGUUACUCAUUUGGCGCAGCUGAGUUGAAAUUAAGGCAUACUAUAAGCAAUGAGAUACUGAUAUACCCUGGAUAUGUUCCUUCACUGAACGUCAAUUAUCGAGUUUUUCAUUAUGGAUUACGAUUUAGUGUUGGAAAUUGGAGCUUUGACAAAGCAAACUGGCGGGAGGUUGACAUGGUCAACAAAUGCUGGUCCAAGUUCCCGGACCCACCGGAGCCCUCAACUCUCGAUCAAGCUAUUCAAGAGAAUGUACGGCGAGACACGCUCAGUAUAGAAUGUGCAAAAACCCUUAAUGAAGCACUUGAACUUCAUCACAAGAAGAAGUGUCCUAGUGCUGAUUCCUUAUUGAUAUCAAAAGGGGAUGAGAAAAGAGAGGAAAGUGGAACUAAAAAGAUUGACAACACAGAUGUAAGUAUUGAUUCGAUAACCAAUCGUGUCACGACAAACCAUUCAGAGGAAUUGGUGAGUGUUCAGAAAGAUGAGAUACCUAGUUCUUUCAGGUUUUGGGUGGUUUUCUUAUGGGCAUUUUCUGGAUUUGGUUUCAUUGUUGUUGUUGUGGUGUAUUCGGGUCAUAGAAGACAAAGAACAAGGAUGAAACAUCAUAGUAGAAGGAGAAGAAGCUUGGCUUCAGGAUUCAUGGAUAUCAAUGGACGCGACCGACACGGCCGUGAUGUUGAUUUAUAAAUAAUGUACCACUCCUUUUCAUUCUCAUGGUGUAGAGGCUAGCCGGUAUGAAUUUUAAGUGUCUGUUUGGAUUCACAGUGAGUUUUGCAAAAUCACGGUGCCAUCGUGAUUUUGCUAAACUUCAAAAUGUAGCUUUUGUCAAAACACGCUGGCAAACCCUGAUUCAUGCUAAAGUCACUGUCAAUUCAAAGAUGUACUAAGAUAGAUUGCGAGUCAUGGAUAACAAGAUAAAGGUUAGAACUUACGAGUUAGAGAGCAUGUUUCUUGAGUGAGUAUGUGUGUAACAUCAUUCUACAAAGUAACCUAUUCUGAGUUAUGAGGUUGGAUAUUAAUGAGUGAGAAAUUUGUAAAGGGAAAAUAUAUAUUUUUUAUUAAGUUUGAGAUUAUUUGUACUAUUUUGUACCCAAAAUAUCAUAAGGUAUUUGUAGUGUAGAACCAGAAGCUGAAACCUACCACUUCAAACUCAACUUGGGAUUUUCCUAUUGAAUAGGAAAAGUUCAAUAUUGUACACUUUCUCUCUUUUCCUUUUA